AGACCCCAUGCGGCCCUGGACCGGCUCCACCCCAGAAACAGCUGCGUGUCGUACCUGUACCUCAGGAGCUGGGCUGGGCCAUGGAUUCCCUGGACAUGAACAAACUGAGCGGCGGGCGGAGGACUCGGGUGGAAGGGGGCCAGCUGGGGGGUGAGGAGUGGACUCGUCAGGGGAGCUUUGUCAACAAGCCAACUCGGGGUUGGUUACAUCCCAACGACAAGGUCAUGGGACCUGGGGUUUCCUACCUUGUUCGGUACAUGGGUUGUGUGGAGGUCCUCCAGUCGAUGCGGGCCUUGGAUUUCAGUACUCGCACCCAGGUCACCAGAGAAGCAAUCAGUCUGGUGUGUGAGGCUGUGCCAGGGGCCAAGGGGGCUGCACGGAGGAGAAAGCCCUGUAGCCGCCCACUCAGCUCCAUACUGGGGAGGAGUAAUCUAAAGUUUGCUGGAAUGUCCAUCACCCUAACUGUUUCUACCAGCAGCCUCAACCUCAUGGCUGCAGACUGUAAACAGAUCAUUGCCAAUCACCACAUGCAGUCAAUCUCAUUUGCGUCCGGUGGGGAUCCGGACACUGCGGAGUAUGUCGCCUAUGUUGCCAAAGAUCCUGUCAAUCAGAGAGCCUGCCACAUCCUGGAGUGUCCAGAAGGACUAGCACAGGAUGUCAUCAGCACCAUUGGCCAGGCCUUUGAGCUGCACUUCAAACAAUACCUCAGGAACCCACCCAAGCUUGUCACUCCUCACGACAGGAUGGCUGACUUUGAUGGCUCAGUUUGGGAUGUGGAGGAAGAGGAGCCACCUGACCAUCAGUACUACAAUGACUUUCCAGGGAAAGAGCCCCCUCUUGGUGGGGUAGUAGACAUGAGGCUUCGGGAUGGAGCUGCCCCAGGGGUUCCUCGUCCACCUCCACCCAGUACCCAGACCACCAACCACCUAAGAGCCACUUUGCCCGUUGGACAGCUAGCCAGUGGUGACCCUGAUAUUCGAAAACAGCUCCCAACUCCUGGACCAGGUAGAGAACUAUUUGAUGAUCCCUCCUAUGUCAACGUCCAGAACCUGGAAAAAGUCCGGCAAGGAGCUGGUGGUCCUUCUAACCCUACUACUAAUGGCAUCGCCCCACGUGACCUCUUUGACAUGAAGCCAUUUGAAGAUGCUCUUCAUGUCCCCCCACCUGCCCCCACAACACCAAUGGCUGAGCAGCUCCGAGGCGAGCCCUGGUUCCAUGGGAAGUUGAGUAGGCGGGAGGCUGAAGGGCAGCUGAGGCUCAAUGGGGACUUCCUGGUUCGAGAGAGUACGACUACCCCAGGCCAGUAUGUCCUUACUGGUCUGCAGAGUGGCCAGCCCAAACAUUUGCUGCUCGUUGAUCCUGAAGGCGUGGUUAGGACAAAGGAUCACCGAUUCGAGAGUGUCAGUCACCUCAUCAGCUACCACAUGGACAAUCACCUGCCCAUCAUCUCUGCAGGCAGUGAGCUAUGCCUUCAGCAGCCGGUGGAACCGAAGUUGUAACUGACCUGAUCCUGUCCCCAGCCCUGUUCCAGCCUCCAGGACACUCCCUUUCACUUUUCUGGUCCCAGUUCCAACAGUUUUCUGGGGGAAAAUGCUAUGGCUGCAGCACUCUGUUGUAUCUGUGAGUGGCCUGAAUCCUACGGUUCAGGACCUGGAGGAGGAAUUCACUUUUCUGCUCCUUCACCAGAGUAUUAGUGCCCAUGCAGCCUCAUGGCCCUCAGAUGGGCCUGGGCAGAAUCCCCUAACAGGAGAAAGGAAUCUUAGGAACAACUCCAGUGGAAUGGGAUUUUUCUUCAAAGGGAUAAAAUUCUGUCCCUCC